CUUUCUCUCCUCCCCCCGACCUCCGCCGAGCGCCUCCCCCGGCAGCGACACAGGAAGAGGAGGUCGCAGCGGUCAAACACGGGGAAGAGGAGGGCUGAACGGAAACACCUCCCACAAAGGAACUGCAGGAUGCCAGACACAAUCACCUCGACCCUACCGCCGGCUCCGCUUCCCCAAUAAGCUGCCCCAGCGCCUGCCCGGCCCCCCGCCCCGCCCCGCUCAGUCCCGGGCUCCGGGCGUGGGGAGCGGCGCCGCCCCAUCCAUCACGGGGUCGAUCAGCGGUGGGGAAGGAGGCUUUGCGCUCCCAUUGGCUGAAUGCCGCCAAAGGGCGUCUGUGAUUGGCUGUGGUAGCUGCCGCACACAACUCGCGGGCGGUGGCGGGCGGGGAGGUGCCGAGGCGGUUCGCGGCUGCCCGGAGGUCACUCGGCGUGGGGGUGCAGCAUGGCCGCGGCUGUGGUGCGCGGGGGACCUGCGUGCUGGUGGCGCUGGCACGGGCGGGUGCGUGCCGCCCGCGCGGCGAUGGUGUGUUCCAGGACAAUGGCUUCCAAAACUCCAGUUGGAUUCAUUGGGCUGGGUAACAUGGGAAAUCCAAUGGCAAAAAACCUCUUAAAAAAUGGAUAUCCAGUUAUUGCAUAUGAUGUAUUCCCAGAAGCUUGCAAAGAAUUUCAAGACUUGGGUGCUCAGGUAACGGAAUCCCCAGCAGAUGUAGCAGAAAGAGCAGACAGAAUUAUUACCAUGUUGCCUUCUAGUCCCAAUGCGAAAGAAGUUUACACAGGAGCAAACGGAAUUCUAAAGAAAGUGAAGAAAGGCUCCUUGCUAAUAGAUUCCAGUACUAUAGACCCUUCCGUUUCAAAAGAAUUAGCCAAAGCAGUUGAAAAAAUGGGAGCUGUUUUCAUGGAUGCUCCAGUUUCUGGAGGUGUUGGAGCUGCUCGAGCUGGAAACCUUACUUUUAUGGUUGGUGGAGUGGAACAAGAGUUUAAUGCUGCCAAAGAGUUGCUGACCUGCAUGGGUUCUAACGUGAUCUACUGUGGAGAGGUUGGAACUGGACAGGCUGCAAAGAUCUGCAACAACAUGCUCUUGGCCAUCAGCAUGAUUGGAACUGCUGAGGCUAUGAAUCUUGGAAUCAGAUUAGGCCUUGACCCAAAGCUGCUGGCCAAAAUCCUAAAUAUGAGCUCAGGUCGCUGUUGGUCAAGCGACACGUACAACCCCGUUCCUGGAGUGAUGGAAGGAGUGCCAUCUGCUAACAAUUAUCAAGGUGGCUUUGGAACAACACUUAUGGCUAAGGAUCUUGGCUUGGCCCAGAUUUCUGCCACCAACACAAAGACGCCGGUUCCUUUGGGAUCCCAGGCACAUCAGAUCUACAGGAUGAUGUGUGCAAAAGGCUAUGCCCUGAAAGACUUCUCAGCUGUGUUCCAGUUUUUACGUGAAGAGGAGGCCUUGUGAGUUGUCUUCUGAAAAUGGACACAAUAACAAACCACACUUUUUUUUUUUCCCCUUCAUCCUUAUAGCUUGAGAAGUAUUUGGGUUAAAUCAAAUACUGUGCACCCUGAUCCCGUACAGACUAAUCAUCUUUGGUUGUCUAGAACACACCAAGCUCUAUGUUUUUAUCCUUCAACCUUGAAAAAGCAAGCCAGAGGAAGAGGGUGUUAGGCAACUGCCAAACAGUAAUUUCUUCUUUUCUUUUCCUUGGUUUUUAUUUUUUACAAACCACUGAAGUUGGUUUUUUGGUUUUGUUUUGUUGUUGUUGGUUUUUUUUUUUCACUAGAUGCAAUAAAUACAUAUUUUUUUAUGAAACACUUAGAUGUUGGCAUAUAAAAUGACUUACAGCUACAAACAUAGGUGAAAUUUGAGCAGUAAAAGAAUGUUGCAUAGUGAUUUUAUGCUAUACAGUGAUCUCUUACAGUUUAAAAUUAAUACUUUAGGGGAAAAAGGGAAGAUUUGUUCAGUGAAGAAAUGCAGCUUGAGGUGGAUUUUAUCUUUAUCUUUUUUUCUUGGACCUACUAGCCUUGAGUUGAUCAGCAGUGAAUUUCCCUGGGAUUCAGGUUGCAGAUUAAGUUUAUAGGCACAUGUCCCAAAGUGGAGAGCUGUUACAGCAUGUUUACCUGCUAGGCUUAGUUCAGAUGACAUAGAUGUGUGUUCCCUCCUGUAAAGCUCCGUUACUGUAUUUUGCUAACCCAAUUUUCUAUUCUAUUCUGUCACACAUUUUCAGAACUCAAGAGCAGCACACACUAGAAGUUCUAACAAGCUGUACAUUUGUUUUUAAGUAUUUUAAAUAUGAAGAAACCUCAUUAUUUUGAAAAGAAAUAAAAAUCUAUACUGCUAAACACA